CAACUUUUUAAACAUUUUCUCAAUUCCCCAGAUUGCAUCUGUGUCUACAAGCGAUAUACUCAGCAACAAGGAUGACUAUCCAUACUUCAGUAGGGUGGUACCACCAGAUAGGUUCCAAGCCCAAACCAUGGUCGACUUAAUGUUAUACUUCAACUGGAGCUAUUAUUCCAUGGUCUACUCGGAAGGAGUAUAUGGAGCCAAUGGUAUGUCUCAAGUGAAACGAAUUGCCAAAUCUAGGGGCUUGUGCAACGCAUUUCUUGGCAGUGUCCCCUUUGAUCUGGGCGACGAAUCGAUAUAUAUUGAAAUAAUACAAAACUUGAGGCGUAAUAAAAAGGCGAAAGUAGUUGUUUUGUUCUUAGAGCCUAUACACAUUGAGAAACUUUUGGCCACAAUUGAUAAAUAUAACGCUGCAAGAGAAUUCAUAUGGAUUGGGUCAGACACAUUCGAAGAGCCAGAUGUGGAAAAUAUUCCCAAGACCCUGCAUGGAGCCUUUUCAGUGCAACUUACAUCCAAAUAUGACAAAGCCUUCAUACAACAUUAUCGAACCCUGACUCCUUGGAAUAAUCCAAAUAACCCCUGGUUUUCUGAAUAUUGGACGCUGGCAUUCAAUUGCACAUGGCAAACUAACAACACUAACCCCAGACCACCAUGUGACACGUUUAAAUCUCUCACGGAGUCAAAGAAGCAUAGAGAUUCUCCUUGGAUUUCUCUCCUCUUGGAUACGGUGUAUGCAUUUGGAUAUGCAUUGGAUGAUCUUAUCCAGGAGAAUUGUCAGAAUCACGUUGCUGACAAAAAGGCAAUGUUAAGUUGUGUUCAAAAUACUGGCCUCACUUCAUAUAUUCGACAGGUGCAAUUUGAGGGUAGCUCUGGUCCAAUAUCAUUUGAUGAAAACGGUGAUGCUUUUGGAGGCUACACAAUAAAACAUUUCAUACCAAGUGAUUCAGGCUAUGCUUCAAUUCAAGUUGGUUCAUGGAAUCGGUCAUCUGAAUCACUCAAGCUUAACGAAAGUAACUUGUACUGGAAUACUAAUGACACUAUACCAGUGUCCAAAUGCAGUGAAGAAUGCAACGUGGGAGAAAUCAGAAUUCAACUUGAACUGCCCUGUUGCUGGGACUGCUUUAAAUGCCAUGCUAAUGAUAUUGUCAUCAAUGGGUCAGUGUGCAUAAAAUGUCCAAUGUUUACAUGGCCGGAUGAAAGCACUGCUACAGAUUGUGAACUCAUAGAGCCAGACUUUAUCAAUUUACUAUCUGAUUCUUUGUUCCUUUCCCUCUUCAUUUUGACAAUGCUUGGAUUGGUAACAGUAUUAUUCAUGCUUGGACUGUUUAUUCACUGGAGAGGGGAGAAAAUCAUAAGAGCUUCAUCAAGAGAGUUUAAUUACUUCCUUCUUCUCGCAACUGUAAAAGUGUAUGGCAUCAGUUAUGUUUAUCUCCUAAACCCGAGUGUGAUCGUUUGUUAUUGUGGACGUGUCGGCUUUAGUAUUGGUUUCACUAUCCUGUAUGCACCGCUCCUUUUGAAAGUAGCCAGGAUUUAUUGCAUAUUUAAAGGAGGUUCUAAAUUUCAACUGGAGCUACCUAAGUGGAUAGAAGCCAAGAGGUCUCUGGCGAUAACAAUGGCAUUGAUAUCAAUACAGGUGAGUUUCAUUUCUGUCAUAUGCUUUACCAUUGCAAGGACAAUAUGUGCUAUUUUAGAAAAAAAAGAAUUGCUAUCAUUUAUUUAUGUCCAAUUAAUUUGUAAUUAAUUUUUGAUUUUAGAUUGGUAUUACAAUUGCUGUGUCAGUGACUGCUCCUCCGAAUGUGACAAAGAAAAUGCCAGUUGAAAGCGAGAAGUAUGUUGAACUCAGCUGUGACUUUCCAGUUUGGAGUAUGAUUGUUUCAAUUAUAUUCAACUUGUUACUGGUCUUAGCUACAGCGACAUUGGCUUUUCUCACCAGGAAACUACCAGAUAAUUUUAAUGAAACAAUGCAUAUCUUGUUAUCUGUGUGUGCAACUUUAUUUUUGUGGCUGUCAUUCAUCCCUACUUAUUUUAUAACUGAUCGAGCAAAGCACCAACAAAUGUUGUUCUCUGUGAUGUUUUUAUUAACAGGGGCAGUGUCAAUUGUGUGUUUGUUUGCACCACGCAUAUACGCUGUUAUAUUCGUAGAUGAAAGUAAGAUAACAUUCUCAUCCACAUUUGCUUUUAAACAGCAGACAGAAACAUCCGAAAGAGAUAAUGGGCAAUCUUCAACAAUGUCAUCCGGUCCAGUGGAAAGUGUAAACAUGUCAAAGUUGUAACUUUUGAUUUGGUGGCUGGUUGCUACUAUCAGACAAUUCCGACAAAUAGCAUUGUUUGACACACUGGACCUACUAUAGUAUCUAUAGCUAGAGUAUAUUUGAAGAUACCACUUGAUAUGAAAUUGACAGGGGUUGGUUGUUUUUGUCAUGUGGCCUUAUUCAAAAAGGAAAGCAAUGAUUGGCUAAAUUGGUCAUGCUAGUUUGAAUGCUAUAGAGUCACUCUAACCACAUUUUUGGAAUCACUUUGGGAAGAAACUACACAUGUAAAUAAUGUAAUACGCGUAUUACAAACCAUAAAAAGAUAUUUGCUUAGUAAUUUACAUAAUUAUUUGUUCAAAAAGAUUGAACUAUAACAGACAAGUAGAGGCAUUUUGAUAUUAAAUGUAGGUAUCUGAGAAUGUUGUAAACAUAUGGUGAAACAAAUAUUAGAAAGGAUGGGUAUCGAUAUGGUGAACUUGAACACACGCUUUUCUUGAACAAGUUAUCAAAAAAUUCUAAAACUUUUACACAUUGUCAAUUUAAUGAUUAUCUUUUGGAUGGUAACAACAUACAGUAAUUUGAAAGAAU